AUGACAUACUCCUCGCAUUACCAAAUGCCCGGCGCAUUCUUCGACAGCCACACAACUGGCGUCCACCCCAAUGUCUUCCGACCGCCUACCACGCCGUCAGCCUCGUCGUCCAUUCACCUCGGCAAGUCCACCGCCAGCGUUGGCCCUGAGAAUGCCAGCCUGGCCGCCCACGUCAAGAGAAAGCGCGCUCGUGCCGAUACCUCGCGCGAGCAGACUCCCCUUCAAGAAUGGUCUGAUGCCAACAUCAACGCCGAUGGCCUCACCGACAGGAACUGCACACCGGCGGUGAAGGUCGGACAGCCCACGGAGCGCUAUACCCUAGCCGGCCAGCUCGAGACGCCCGGCGGUUUCCAUGCUGCAGGUGGAAAUGGUCGACUCGAUGAAAGCCUAUACUCCGACAGCGAUUACCGAAAGGCUCUCGGCUCGAAACGACACCCCGUCGAGCUCGAUUCGCCAAUGAAUGGCCAUCCCACCUUGCUUGUCAAGCCCAGCCAGCAGCCAGCAGGCGAAGGCUGGAGCCGCUUUGCGUUCAACGCCAUCGGCGGCGUCAUGGGCAAGGUAUGGGAGUUCUGCCGAGGUAGCGCAUUCACAGGCUUCUACGCUGGCGGCGGCACGCCCUACGCCAUGGACGGGCAGCGACCUGUACCUGCGUCACCGACAAAGGCUCUGACACACGUAGAGAAGCCCAGGGACUACUUCUCACCCGAGAAUUCCUCGGCCUUUGACGGGAAUGACGCAAACGUCCCUGGCGGCUUUCCCCAAUCCGACUAUAUGCCCUACAACCCUGAAGUUCUCGAAGCUUUGACGCCCGAUUCGACACCAUCCCGACCCGCUGUCAAACGCAGACAGGUGAGCGAGAACGACGAGCUGCGUCGUAACUGGAUCAUGGUCGAUGAAGGCUCGCCCCUUGAGCAGCCGCGUACCGCUUCGAGAGCUUCGCUGCGCCCGCCGUCACGAAACUCGCGGCCCUCCAUGACGACCGGCCGCCGAAUUAGCGUGCCCGUCUCGCGUCUCAACACAACCCCGUCCAAGGCCCGUCGCAACUCGCUCCGCAGCCCGCAUGCCGUGUCACCGGCCCAUACUGCUCGAGAAGCACCCGCCAGCACUGCCAGCUGUGCCAGCGUCCGCUCUCCUCGGGCCUGUUCGCCUGGCCCGCUGUCGCCGCUUUCGCCAAGCCGGAUCCCUAUUCCCUCCCAGCAAGCUGGUCGCGGCUCGAACCCCUACUCCCGACCCUCGAGCUCGGCAGGCCAUUACCGAAGCAACAGCUGCGUCACGUCGCCCAUCCGACCGGCCCUGAGCCACCGCCGGACACAUAGUGGUGCCUCAGCUGCGUCGGCUCGUGUGCAGACGUCGCGUGAUAACGAUGACAACGUGGACGCGAGUCCCAGGCUAAGCAUGGAAGCCAAGAAGCUUGCCGCCAAGAGGCGGAAGGAGGAGCAGGACGCCGACCUGCGCAUCAACGAUUUCAACUACAGGCUCAAAGAGAUGAUCCGCCAAGGUCGGGAAGCCCUUGGAACCACAUUUGAGGUAGACGAUGAUGCAGGUGGCUGGGAGUCGGAACACUGA